GUUCGUCACCAUAUGCCCGAAAUAUCGACUAGCGCACAUCUUGGUAGAUAUUCUAAUACAAGUGAAUAAUGGUGCUGGCUUUGAUGAAAUAGUGCCUAUGGAAGAGGCACAAUUAUUAGUCGAGUUGAAAAGGAUGGUGUUCAAAAGUUUAAGGUGUUUGAGAUUCUUGAUCGUGCUUGACGAUGUAUGGGAUAGAGAGCUCUGUUAUGAGUUGGCGAAGUUAUUCCCAAAUGACUAUACAGGAAGUCGAAUACUGCUGACAACAAGGCUAUACGAAGUAGCCGCAUGUGCUUACCCUCUGAAUACUUUCAGAGUACCCUUCCUUGAUAAGAAAGAAAGCUGGGAUCUUCUUCGUACGAAGGUGUUUGGUGAACAAGAGUCGUUAUCUUACAAACUUGAGAAAGCUGGAAAGAAGAUUGCCGAGAACUGUGAAGGUCUUCCUCUUACAAUCGUCACUGUUGCCAAUAUCCUGUCAGAAGCCAACAAAACAAUAGAGUACUGGAACGAGGUAGCUACUGACAAACAAAAUUCAGUAUACAAGGAUGCAUAUGAUCAAAUGUUGAAGGUACUAUAUCGAAGCUAUGACUAUUUACCCCAACAUUUAAAAGCAUGUUUUCUUUACAUUGGAGCUUUCCCGCAAAAUUAUUGGGUAUAUGGAUACCAUUUGACCAACUUGUGGAAUGCUGAAGGAUUUCUUAACUCAAAAUCAAUGCAUUACUCACACCCGCCCAUGAGUUCCACGAAUGGUACCCAUCCUUAUUUGUUUGAGCUUUCUUGCAAAAAUGUUACUAUGUACUACACAGACAUAAUCAAAUAUCAACUUCAUUCAUCCUUUUGGUACCUGUGUAACAAAGAAGCUGCCAAGAACAAGUUUUUCUAUGCCUUUAAUUGUCGUGCUGAUGCUUUAAUAGAAGAAGAUGUAAACUACCAGCGACGAUUGUGCACACGAAACAAUGUUCUACUUGCCAUCGAAGAUGUGCGCAACUCAAUCGCAUCUGCUUCAACGGUACGCUCUCUUCUAUGUAUCGGUCCACAUCAUCAUUAUCCAAUACCAGUGUGUUUGGAAAAUUUAAGAUUGCUCAAGGUAUUGGAAACUCUUUCAAUUAGAUCCUAUGAGUUCCCAAUGGAAGUGUUGAAACUAGUUCAACUAAAAUACCUAGGCCUCUCUUAUGAUGGAAACCUCCCUACUUCCAUUUCCAAGCUGUGGAACCUUCAGUACUUGAUUGUUAGUCGACAUAGCGCCGAAAGAUUUGUUGGGAAUGUAUCGGAUAUGCCUAUUGAGAUAUGGAAUAUGAAGGAAUUGAAGUGUGUUCAGACAGGAGGAAAAGACCUACCACAUCCUUGCGAAGGAUCUCACCUACCAAACCUCCUAGAACUGAAAUGUGUCGGUCCUCAAAGUUGUACCAAAGAUGUGUUUGAAAAAAUCCCUAAUCUAAAAGCGUUAGUAAUUGGAAUUCAACUGGCUCCCGAUGCUACCGAGAUCUUGACUUGCUUUGACCACAUUUCACAUCUCCAUCAACUACAAGAACUAGGAUGUUACAUUAUGAAUCCUACAUUGAAGACAGAGGUUGUUACCCCACUUGCUCCUCUUUCAGACUUCCCAUCAAGUCUUACAAAGUUAACUUUGAGCGGCUUAGGAUAUCCGUGGGAAGAAAUGAGAAAGAUUUCUUCCUUGCCAAAUCUUACUCAUCUCGAACUGAAAUUCUAUGCCUUUCGAGGCCCGAAGUGGGAGGUUCGUGAUAACGAAUUCCAAAGUCUUGUAGAUCUUGAUAUUCAGGACACUGAUCUGGAACAAUGGAAGUUUUUUGGAAACUAUUGUUGCUUCCCUUCGAUUGGGUUUCUUCACAUCGCACAUUGCUACAAGUUAAAAGAGAUCCCUCUGACGUUUGGUACGUCUCUUGGAGACAUUCAAGUAGUCGACUGCAACCCUAUGGUUGUGGAGUGUGCAAACAAGUUAAAACGGUAUUGGGACGACAAAUAUAGUCACGAAAAUUCAUUAUUUGCUUAUGUCCGUUCUUCAUGGGAUGGAUGAUGGGAGCAUCGAGUCAUCACUACCAUAUUGAUUCUUCACAAGCUACAUUAUUGGAUUACCUUUUCUUCUAUGGUGGAUUGGUCAAUAACGAACUUUGACUUUUCGCACAUACGCAGAAUGUUAUUGUUUCUACAAGACCAUGGAUCAAGAGGAUAACAAAAGGGUGUACAUUAUUCUCAAGUGUGGUGGCGUAGCAGCAUAGGGCCACGGGGGUCGUUGCCCCCC